AACAUCCCUACUCCUUACAAAGAUCGGCCAAAAAUGAAGGGAUCGACCAAGGUAUGUUGUGUGGUUGUACUUUAUGCAUUGACGGUUGUACUCAUGGGUCAUGUCCCAACCGCGGAGGCGGCAAAUUGCAACUACAUGGAGCUUGUGGUGUGUGCAGGGGCAAUCACGUCGCCACAACCGCCAUCGAGAGAUUGUUGCGCUAAAGUGAAGGAGCAAAGGCCUUGUUUCUGUGGGUAUCUUCAAAACCCCUCCCUUCGUCAAUAUGUCACUCCUGAUAACGCUCGACGAGUUGCUAGACAGUGUGGCGUUGUCAUCCCUAAAUGCUAGAAAUGAUUUGGGGUUCUGAUUCUAAAAGUGUUCUACUAUGUUAUAUAAACAAGUAAUGUUUUUGGAAUUACCACGAAAAAUAAUGGUAACAUAUGAAGUUGAAUAAAAUUGGCUUGUUUUAUAUUUCAUUUUAUGAGAAUUUAUUUUUGUGUU